AUGGUUAAAGCUGUCGCUGUUGUCAGAGGUGAUUCUAAAGUCCAAGGUAUUGUUCGUUUUGAACAAGAAUCCGAAUCCGCACCAACCACAAUUUCUUGGGAAAUUGAAGGUAAUGAUCCAAAUGCCUUGAGAGGAUUCCAUAUUCAUCAAUUUGGUGAUAAUACCAAUGGUUGUACUUCUGCUGGUCCUCAUUUCAAUCCAUUUGGUAAACAACAUGGUGCUCCAGAAGAUGAUGACAGACACGUUGGUGAUUUAGGUAAUAUUUCUACCGAUGCCAAUGGUGUUGCUAAAGGUACUAAACAAGAUUUAUUGAUCAAAUUGAUUGGUAAAGAUUCUGUUUUAGGUAGAACCGUUGUUGUUCAUGCUGGUACUGAUGAUUAUGGUAAAGGUGGAUUUGAAGAUUCUAAAACCACUGGUCAUGCUGGUGCUAGACCAGCUUGUGGUGUCAUUGGUUUGACUCAAUGA